AUGGCUGUCGAGUAUGCCCACUUUAUGACAGAGUACAUCAGUCAUGGACACAUGCGACAGCUGAGCGAUGAGGAGUUGCUAGCAAAGACGGACACCGUGCACUACAUUCCGCAUCACGGGAUCUGGAAAACUGGCUAUUUGCGGAAAAGACUGCGUGUCGUAUUCGACGCCUCGUGGCCAACCUCGACAGGAUACAGUCUCAACGACGUGCUACACAGUGGACCGAAACUCCAAACCUGGCUGCCCAGCGUCCUCCUGCGUUGGAGAAGGCACCGAAUUGCUUUUUGCGCAGAUGUACAAAUGAUGUUUCGCCAGAUUCGUGUCGACGAACGAGACGUAAACCUCCAGCGAAUCCUUUGGAGCGCCAACGACUCUAGCCCACCAAAGCAUUUCCAGUUGCUCACCCUGUGCGAGUAUAAAGGAAGCACCUGGCCCGAGGCUGUGCCUAUCAUCAAGAACGAUCGGUACGUCAACGACAUUCUCUCUGGCGCCGAUGACGUCGAGACAGCCCGGCUUCGUCGAGAUCAGUUAAUCGGACUGAUGAACGCUGGAUGUUUCCCACUUAAAAAAUGGGUGUCCAACGAACCCGACCUCCUGCGCGAUAUUCCAGAGGACUCUCGUCUCAGGCCAACUUGGCGACAGAUCAGUGUGGACGUGUUUGUCAGCGAGCUUGGAAUCAACUGGGACCCACUCAUCGACUGUUUCCACCUGACCCCACCUCCCAUGCGAUCUCAGUACAUCAAGCGCUCUAUGCUCGCCGCCCUCACCAGCCUUUUUGAUCCUUGUGGAUAG